AUGAAACUGCUCAUCUGCGUUUUGGUGAUCAGCUGCAUUGUUGCAGCCAAUGCUCAGGGUAUUAGCAAUGCGAAUGCCAUAUCCAUAGCUAAUGCCCAAAGCUAUGGUGGUGGUGGCGGUGGAUACCCUGGAUAUGGUAGAGGUUACGGAGGUUUCCCUGGCCAGGGAAUUGGCGGUGGAUAUGGUGGCGGUCGUUUCCAUAGAGGUCGUGGAGGCUAUGGCGGCGGUUAUGGAGCACCGGGUGGUUAUGGUGGCUAUCCCGGCGGUGGCUAUGGUGGUUAUCCCGGCGGUGGUUAUGGUGGUGCCAAUUCAAAUGCAUACGCUAGUGCCAAUGCUGGUGCCAAUUCGUACGGUCGUUAA